AUGACUGUUGAAUCUUCAACCAAAAGACCAAAUUUCCUUAUAAUAGUUGCUGAUGAUUUAGGUUUUACUGAUUUAUCACCAUUUGGAGGAGAAAUCAAGACACCGAAUUUAGAUAAAUUAUCAACUCGAAAUGGUAUAAGAUUAACUGAUUUUCAUACUGCUUCAGCUUGUUCUCCAACAAGAUCUAUGUUAUUAAGUGGAACUGAUAAUCAUAUUGCAGGAUUAGGUCAAAUGGCAGAAUUUGCUAUUAAACAACCAAAAUUAAAAGAUCAACCUGGUUAUGAAGGUUAUUUAAAUGAUAAAGUUGCAGCAUUACCUGAAAUUUUAAAAGAUAAUGGAUAUUUUACUUUUCUUUCUGGUAAAUGGCAUUUAGGUUUAAAAAAACCUUAUUGGCCGAUAAAUAGAGGAUUUGAAAAAUCUUGGUGUUUAUUACCUGGUGCUGGUAAUCAUUAUAAAUAUAUUACUAGAGAUCCAAAAACAGGUGAACAAAUUCCAUUUUUACCUAAUUUAUUUGUUGAAGAUGAUAAACAAUUAGAACCAGAACUGUUACCAGAAGAUUUUUAUUCAACUAUUCAUUAUACAAAUAAAGCAAUUGAAUUUAUAGAUGAAACACCAAAAGAUAAACCAUUUUUUGGAUUUUUAACAUAUACUGCUCCUCAUUGGCCAUAUCAAGCACCACAAGAUAGAAUUGCUAAAUAUGAUGGAGUUUAUAAUUCUGGUCCUGAAGAAUUAAGAAGAAAAAGAUUAGCAAAAGCGUUAAAAUUAGGUAUAAUUGAUGAAAAUGUAAAACCACAUCCAAUUACUACUAUACGUAAAGAUUGGAAAGAUUUAACACCAGAAGAACAAGCUAUUGAAAUUAAAAUUGUUCAAACUUAUGCAGCAAUGGUUGAAAUUCUAGAUGAACAAAUAGGUAGAAUAAUUGAUCAUUUGGAAACAAAAGGUGAAUUAGAUAAUACAUUUAUUCUAUUUAUGUCAGAUAAUGGAGCAGAAGGUAUGAUUAUGGAAGCAUUACCAUUAUCAAAUCAAAGAAUUACUAGUUUUGUUGAUAAUUAUUAUGAUAAUUCUUUGGAAAAUAUAGGUAAUUAUAAUUCAUUUACAUUUUAUGGUGAUCAAUGGGCACAAGCAGCAACAGCUCCUCAUUCUAUGUAUAAAGCUUGGUCAACAGAAGGUGCUAUUGUAUGUCCAUUAAUAUUACAUUAUCCACCAUUAAUUAAAUCUCAACAUGGUAAAAUUUUAAAAGAAUUUAUAACAGUCAUGGAUAUUUUACCAACUGUAUUAGAUCUUGCAAAUGUUAAACAUCCUGGUAAAACCUAUAAAGGUAGAUCAGUUGCAGAACCAAGAGGUAAAUCUUGGAAAAAUUAUAUAUCAGGUCAAGCCCCUUAUGUUCAUGAUGAAAACACAGUUACAGGAUGGGAAUUAUUUGGACAACAAGCUAUUAGAAAAGGAGAAUUUAAAGCAUUAUAUAUUCCAAAACCUUUUGGACCUGAAAAAUGGCAAUUAUUUAAUAUUAUUAAAGAUCCUGGUGAAAAUAAUGAUUUAGCUGAAUUAAAUCCUGAAAAAUUAAAAGAAUUAACUGAUCAUUGGGCUGUUUAUGCUGCAGAAACUGGUUUAAUUGAAAUAGGACCAGAUUUCUUUAAAAAGGAGUUAGUAGAUGGUGAUGAGAGUGUUAACUACAGAACGAUAUUUGACUAG